UGCCGGGAAAUCGGUCGUCCCCGCGGUGCUGCGCCCGUGCGCGCCAUUGUGUCGCGCUCGUCUGCUCCCACGUCGGGCUCCUCGUCCUCGUGGCCGGCUACCUCCUCCUCGGCGCCUUCGUCUUCGAGUUCCUCGAGUCGGAGCAUGAGCUCGAGCAGAGGGAGAACAUCAAGAAGUACCGCGACCAGUGCCUCAGGGAGCUCUGGACCAUCACAGAACGGUUGAAUGUCCUGUACGAGAAGAAUUGGACAGUGCUGGUGCACGAGCAGUUGCGCAAGUUCGAGACGAAUGUGGUCGAGGCUGCCAGCGUUCAGGGAUACGACGGAAAGGAUCUCAUGGACAGGGAUCAACAAUGGUCUUUUAGCGGGGCCCUCCUUUACUCCGUCACAGUUAUCACAACGAUCGGUUACGGAAACUUGGCGCCGAAGACUGCGGCGGGGAAAAUCGUGACGAUGAUCUACGCCCUUUUCGGGGUUCCUCUUCUACUUCUCUGUCUAUCAAAUUUGGGCUCUCUUUUAGCCGAUACUUUUUUAUUCGCAUACUCUCAUUCCUGCUGUUACGGCCACAAGCACAGACAAACGGAGUGCAAGGACAGAUACACGGAGGCGAUUCCUUCGCCGCCGGCGGGCCCGGCUAUGGGAGCGGGCAACGUGCCGGUGCGCAACACGAUGGUGAGGAUGGGGUCCGGGGGUCGCCCGGUGUGCCAGCUCACCCCCGAGGCCCGCCAUGUCCUGGCCGAGUGCGCCGAGUACCAACUGGCACACACGUGCUCCGACCCCAGUGCCACCUCUAUCCUCCGGCAACUCAACGCCGCUAACGUCGCCGCCCCUCCCGACGAGUUCGACGAUGAUUCCAUAUGUAUGGCCAUCAACGACACACCUUCACGAGUGCCUCUAAUUUGGCGGGACGGGAAAAGGUCGCUCACACCCGGGAGUCCCCUACCGCCGAUCACUCGCCCCGCAGGGCCACCUGCAGAUCCUCCACGGGUUCCCGUGAGCCUUGUUCUAGUAGUUUUAGUCGGUUACAUCUGCUUGGGUGCUGCUAUUUUCGCUGCUUGGGAGGAGUGGACCUACUUGGACGGCGCUUACUUCUGCUUCGUGACGCUCUCAACGAUAGGGUUCGGGGACCUAGUCCCCGGCAAGUCUUUCCAACGACCGGACACCCAGGAUGGACAGAUCCAGUUGGUCGCGUGCUGUAUAUAUUUGUUAAUAGGUUUGGUUCUCAUUGCCAUGUCUUUCUCCUUGGUUCAGGAGACGGUUGCGGCUAAGAGCAGGCAGUUUGCCAUGUGCAUCGGCUUGCUCUCGCAAGACCAGGACUCGUGAUGUAAACUCUCCGUUUUCUCACUCCUAUUCGGUUUUUUAAACGACUGAUUUUCCUGAUUGAAAACAGGAGAAGAGAAAUUCCGCGCUGCGCUGGAGAGGCUGUGCUGCGCAAUGCUCUGGACAAAAUUGUCCGGGCAUCGCUGUUGAACAAAUAUCCAAGUUUCAGAAACUCACAUAUUUUUUUCGAAGAGGUUGAUGCAAAAUUGACCCUCUUGGGUUCUGUAACCCCCAGUAUGCAGUAUAGAUUUCCAUGGUCAGCAUAAGUACCUACCUAGGUAGUAUGAUGAUGGCCGAAGUUCAAACCACGUAUCUCCAUUGUGAUGUUUCAAAUUUCUGAUCCUAUUUUAUUUUUUCAACGGGAAACAAACUAUUAUAGAUUAAAACUCGAACAGAAUAUUCUGCUAAAAGAUAGUUAAAAUCAAGGACGUUUUCGAGGAAUUAUGUUGACUAGUUUUGUGAAGAAAAAAUAAAGUAUGAUAAGAAGUUUGCAACGUCCCAAACGGAGAUACAUGGUUCCAAAUUUUGGGAAUCGAUAAAGAACAACAUAGCCGUUUUUCGUAAAAUGGUAGUUUUUAAAUAUUUCCACAAACGUGAGAAAAAAGGAGCAGAAAAAUGUGAAGUUUUGUUGCUUGAUAUAUUAUUUGAUGAAAAAUGAAAGUAUUUCAAUUCUGUAAAUGUGAAAAAUAAGACAAUUAUUUAAUUGGGCUAACAAAUGGAGGUCUUUCUAGAGCCACACUACCCACUAUUUUCAAAAAUUUCUAAGCAACAUGACUAUGAAUGACUGGACAAAACAGGAAAAGUAUGCAAGCACAAAAAUGAUCAAUCAAAGGGCAUUUAUAUUUGUAUUCUUUAAAUUUUACUAUCUCCAAGUACCUGAAUUUUUUUACUAAUGAGUGUUCGAUUAUGAUUCAAUUGUGCAUAUAUAUCAUACAAAAUUCUUCUCAGAUAUUGAUUAAUUAUAAAUUUAUACUUGCAAUAUACUUAAAUACGUCUCUGACUAAAAUGGAAGAUGCAAAAUUGAUGUGAAACAAAGGACAAAUGAGACCAUCUUGUAAAAUUCAGUCAUACACACAUUUUUUAGUGGGUAUUGCAUGACUUGUAAAAAUCCUGAGAUUUAAUUCGAUUAACAUGCUGGUCAAAGAAGGGUAAAAAGUAUUGUGUCUAUAGACUUGAUUUUAUUUCAGAUGGAAAUAAUCUUAGGUAGUACAUACUGUAAAAUUAACACAAAUUCUGUAAAUAAAUGUAUUUUCUUACUGA